AUGCAUACAUCCAUCCACGUCUGUCCAUCAUCUAUCUUCGUCUGUUCACAUCUAUCUAUCUAUCUAUCUAUCUAUCUAUCUAUCUAUCUAUCUAAAUCCUAUCUUAUCUAUCUCAAUCUUCCUAUCUCAAUGUGUUCUUAUCUAUCUAUCUAUCUAUCUAUCUAUCUAUCUAUCUAUCUAUCUAUCUAUCUAUCUAUCUAUCUCCGUCUGUACAUUAUCUAUCUAUCUAUCUAUCUAUCUAUCUAUCUUCGUUUGUAUCUAUCUAUUCAUUCAUUCAUCCAAGUCUAUUCAUAUCUAUCUAUCGAUCGAUCUAUCUAUCUUGGUUUAUAUCUAUCUAUCCAUUCAUUCAUCCAUGUCUAUUCGUAUCUAUCUAUCUAUCUAUCUAUCUAUCUAUCUAUCUAUCUAUCUAUCUAUCUAUCUAUAGAAGUCUAUUCGUAUCUAUCUAUCCAAAUCUGUUCGUAUCUAUCUAUCUAUCUAUCUAUCUAUCUAUCUAUCUAUCUAUCUAUCUAUCUAUCUCCGUCUGUACAUUAUCUAUCUAUCUAUCUAUCUAUCUAUCUAUCUUCGUUUAUAUCUAUCUAUUCAUUCAUUCAUCCAGUCUAUUCAUAUCUAUCUAUCUAUCUAUCUAUCUAUCUAUCUAUCUAUCUAUCUAUCUAUCUUCGUUUAUAUCUAUCUAUUCCUUCAUUCAUCCAAGUCUAUUCAUAUCUAUCUAUCGAUCGAUCUAUCUAUCUUGGUUUAUAUCUAUCUAUCCAUUCAUUCAUCCAUGUCUAUUCGUAUCUAUCUAUCUAUCUAUCUAUCUAUCUAUCUAUCUAUAGAAGUCUAUUCGUAUCUAUCUAUCCAAAUCUGUUCGUAUCUAUCUAUCUAUCUAUCGAUCUAUCUAUCUAUCUAUCUUUCUAUCUAUCUAUCUAUCUAUCUAUCUAUCUCCGUCUGUACAUUAUCUAUCUAUCUAUCUAUCUAUCUAUCUAUAGAAGUCUAUUCGUAUCUAUCUAUCCAAAUCUGUUCGUAUCUAUCUAUCUAUCUAUCUAUCUAUCUAUCUAUCUAUCUAUCUAUCUAUCUAUCUAUCUAUCUCCGUCUGUACAUUAUCUAUCUAUCUAUCUAUCUAUCUAUCUAUCUAUCUAUCUAUCUCAGUCUAUUCACAUGACAUCUGAGUUACUUUUACCAACUAAUGCUACAGGUUCUCUCGACAAAUCAGUAGAUGGAGUCCAUAUCACUUUGGAUGCAUAUACUUUCGGUUUUCCACUCUCUUUCUCCCCCUUCUCCUCUUCCCCAUCUUCAUCUCCCUCCAAAAGAAAGAAAUACGGAUAG